AAAUGCAAAUACUGCUAUUGAAAAUUUCUGACAGACUUUUUUAUUUAUGUUGAUUUUUGCAAAAUUUUAUAAUAGUUUUGGUGUUUUAUGAAAACUUUUACUAAACGAUCUACUGCGAAAUGUGUGAACUAAUACCAGAAGCGGAGAAUUGUUGUUAUUUUAUAUCAUUAAGGAUCGGAAUGCUUUUUAUUUCCGUUCUAGCUAUAACGACUGGAGGUAUUACGCUGAGCGUCAUAGAGCAACACUCCAACGUUAGUUAUGACAAUCUGAAGAAUGUUACCACAAUCAGAGAUCCCAACAAAGCGUUCUCACACAUCGGGUCGCUGAUAAGGUCCGGAGUUACAACCAUGUCGGUGUUCUUUAUGCUGAUGGGCGUCGUUCUGCUAUUUGGUACUCUGACUAACUCCGAAGGGAUGGUCCAAGUAUUCGUAUGGGUCCUGUUCUUGAACAUAGUAUUUGCGUUCUUUCUCGUCAUCGCAAUUUGCUUCGAGUGCGUGCUAUAUGACGACAGAUGUAUCUUUGGGGAGAUGGACUGGCUCUCGUCGUCCGCUUUGCUUGUGCUCAUAAUAACAUAUUUAUUUCUUUGGAUAUAUUUUAUAUCUGUGGCGAACGGUUACGUUAUGAACGAAAGCUAGUGAAAAUAAACACGAAAAUCAUGCAAGGAGUAAGUUAAGCUGUAUUUAUUUUGUUAUUGAAUAAAUAAACGUUCUCAGCGCUUGUGA